UAAAACAGACUCAGAGAUCAACCCAGGGACAAGCACCUCGCUCUUCACUCCUCUCUUCCUCUCCACUUGGAUAUUAUUCGUCUGACCGAAGGCCGCCUCCAUCAUCAAGUGACAGCCCUCUCCUAUUUAUUUGCUUAUAAACCUGUUACAAUAAAUGAUCAUUGGAGCAACGUCAGCCUAGCAUUUUAACAACGAACAGCAGGCACUUUUGAUGAAUGACAUUUUGCUGCUGUGGGGAGGAUGCACGGCUCGUUUUGAGCUCUCGCUCGGCGAUUGCAUUCAGAUUCUUUCAUUUUUUGCGCCUUGCUUAUAAAAAGGUUUAGAGACAGUUAUUGGACACACUUGCUGAGUUGCAUGCGGAUUUCGCUCUGACACAACUCCAGCCCCUUGGACAAGUGGUGUGUCUGAUUUUUUUUUUUUGUUCACCCCCUUUUUUCCCCCCUACCCUCAUCCCGACUUGCGCGGCUUAAUGAUGGAGAGGAUAAGAAAAGAGAUGAUCCUGAUGGAGAGGGGUCUGCACAGUCCUGUCGCGGGGAAGAGGCUCGCAGACACGCCUGGAAAUUCAGUCCUGGAGGCCCUGGAAAACUCUCAGCACGGCGGACGGCUAAGCCCGAGAAUAACUUCGGCUUCCCUCCAUGGAAAUCUCGGGGACAUCCAGACGAAGAGCAAAUUUGAAAUUGACAGUCUUUUCGGCACGCACCACAACAGCGAGAACUCGUCCUCGGCGGAAAUUUCCUCGUCGGAAAGUAGGAAGAAAAUGAGCCUUUACUCCGAAGUUUCUCAAGAAUCUGACAUUAACAGUGAUGUUGAAGUGGGGUGCCCUGCGCAUCGCUCCCCGAGCCAGCACAAAGAGAACAACAAAGGGUUUUCAGACAGUAACUCUGGAUCCUCCAACACGAGCUCAGGCUCCCUCUCCAACAUGAACGGAAAUUCAUCGGGAGGAUCCAACAAUUCCAACUCCGACCAAGUCAGAAGGUAUCGGACUGCUUUCACUCGGGAACAAAUCGGACGACUGGAAAAGGAGUUUUACAGAGAAAAUUACGUGUCGAGACCGAGGAGAUGUGAAUUAGCGGCAGCGCUAAAUCUACCCGAGACCACGAUUAAGGUGUGGUUCCAGAACAGGCGCAUGAAGGAUAAAAGGCAGCGCUUGGCGAUGUCCUGGCCCCAUCCGGCGGACCCCAGCUUCUACACUUACAUGAUGACGCACGCGGCGGCCACGGGGAGCCUGCCGUACCCGUUCCACUCGCACAUGCCCCUGCACUACUACCCGCACGUGGGCGUCACGGCCGCGGCCGCGGCCGCCGCCGCCUCCGGCGCCGCCUCGUCCCCCUUCGCCACCUCCAUCCGGCCCCUCGACACCUUCCGCGCGCUCUCGCACCCUUACUCGCGCCCGGAGCUGCUGUGCAGCUUCAGGCACCCGGGACUGUACCAGUCGCCCGCGGGCCUGAACAGCUCCGCGGCCGCGUCCGCGGCGGCGGCGGCGGCCGCGGCGGCGGCGGCGGUCAGCGCGCCCUCGGCCCCCGCGGGGCCGUGCUCGUGCCUCAGCUGCCACAGCAGCCAGCAGGCGGCCAGCGCGCUGGGCUCCCGCAGCGCCGGCGCGGACUUUCCCUGCACGGCCUCCACGCAACGAUCCGAGAGUGGAUUUCUGCCCUAUUCCGCCGCUGUCCUCAGCAAGACCUCAGUCCCAUCGCCAGACCAGCGAGAGGAAUCCUCACUUAACAGAUAA